AUGGCUCAGAAAGCUGCCAAGGUUCUGGCGGUCCGCAAUGGUGCUGUUCUCCGCCGCACUCAUCUCAUCUCUGCUGCAUUGCACUUCAACUUCUGGAUGCUGCACUUCGUCUUCCAGCGGCCACGAUCACUGAAGCCAUACUUCUUCUUGGCUAUGCCAACUCUUGCCAUUCAAUACUACUUGGACCGGAUGGGCCGGCCCACUUAUAACGAGGAUGGCUCUUUGCGUUCCGCCGGCGAGGACCUCAAUGCGACUGGUCUGACGGAGUAUAUGUGGGAUGUGCUUUAUUGGACCCAAGGUUGUAUGGUUGCUGCCUGCCUCUUUAACGACAGAGCCUGGUGGCUGUGGGCGGUGAUCCCAAUAUACUCCGUCUAUGCUGCGUACACCACCGUCAUGGGUGUCAAGAAGGGAUUUUCUGGGAUGGGCGGCGGCGACGCCGGCCAAGAGGCCGAUGCCCCGAAGAGCAAGACGCAGUUGAAGAAAGAAAAGAGAGGUUCAUCGGUGAAAUAUAGGUGA